AUGCAGAAAAGAUUUCACAUAAGGUACUACCGCUUUGUUCUUGCCACAGUAUUUGCCAUUGAGGAAAUUAACCAGAACCCCAAUAUUUUGCCAAACAUAACCCUGGGGUUUCGUAUUUAUGAUUCGUGUUAUUCAGAGGUCAAAGCACUUAUUGGUACUCUGUGGCUUCUAACUGGAAAGAACAAAACAGCUCCAAAUUUUAGAUGUGACCCUGCUGCUCUGCCUUCUGCUAUUAUUGCAGAACUUGCCUCUAAAUCCUCACUGCCAAUUGCCAGGAUAUUGGCACUGUACAGAUAUCCACAGAUUAGCUAUGGAGCUGUGCUUCCCGUGCUGAGUGACAAGGUUCAGUUCCCAUCAUUCCUCAGAACUGUUCCUAGAGACACAUUUGAAAUACUUGCUCUAGCUCAACUGCUUGCCUAUUUUGACUGGAAAUGGAUCGGAAUCUUAGCCUCGGAUAAUGACUUGGGUAGAAUCGGCAGUCAGAAUUUAAAGGCUGAAAUAGAAAAGAGUGUGGGAUGCAUUGCUUUCUUGGAGAUCAUUUCAAUGCAUGACAGAGAAGAAAGGCUCAGUCACAUCAUUCAAAUGAUAAAAAAGUCUUCUGCCAAUGUAGUAGUUGUUCAUGCUACAUCAGAGAGCCUGGUUCCAUUUAUGGAGACUGCAUCUUUGCAUAAUUUGUCUGGGAAGGUAUGGAUUGGAACUACCAGCUGGUCAGUGUCUUCUGAUUUUUCCCAAAAAGAAAUCUUAGAAAUGCUGAAUGGAAUGCUAGGAUUUGCUCAUGAACGUGGAGAGAUACCAGGUUUAAAAGAAUUCCUUUACAGUGUUCAUCCUUCCGGGUUCGCAGAUGAUAUUUUUGUUAACACCUUCUGGGAGAAUGCAUUCAACUGUAAAUGGCAGAUGUUUGGUAAUCUUUCAAUGGCUGUGGUGGAAAGAGCUGCAAAGGAAGUAUCACAUUGUACAGGGGAAGAGAAUUUGAUGGAUGUGGAUAUUUCUAAGUAUGAUGUACACAACUUUCGAUUCACCUACAGCACAUAUAACUCCAUAUAUGCUGCAGCAUAUGGCUUACAUGACAUGCUUUCAUUCAAACCUGCUGGAGCUUUCCUUAAUGCAUCUUGUACAAAAGGUACCAGGUGCCAUCCUUGGCAGUUGCACCACUUUAUUAAAACCGUACAUUUUGUGAACAGUGCUGGUGCAGAGGUGUACUUCGAUGAAAAUGGUGACCCUCCAGCUGUGUAUGAUCUCCUCAACUGGAAUCUUCUUGAAGAUGGAAAUGGCAGUUCUGUUAAAGUUGGAAGCUUUGUUUCAAGCAGGUCUCAAGGCCAGGAGCUGAGGAUUAAUGAUAGUGCCAUACUGUGGAAUAAAGGCAAACAGAAGAUUCCACAUUCUGUCUGUAGUGAAAAAUGUCCUUUUGGAUACUGGAAAGCUACAAAACCUGGGCAACCCUUAUGCUGUUUUGACUGCGUUCCUUGCAAUGAGGGAGAAAUAACUAAUUCUACUGAUGUUAGUGACUGCCAGAAGUGCCCUGAAGAUCAAUGGCCUAAUAUUCAUCUAAACAACUGCAUUCCAAAAGUCACCCAGUUCCUUUCGUAUGAUGAUCCAUUGGGAGCAACAUUGUCAGCUAGUUCUGGGAGUUUCUCUUUGAUCACAACUAUUAUCCUGUUCAUUUUCAUUAAAUACAGAGACACUCCAAUAGUCAAAGCCAACAACCUGGAACUUAGCUACAUUCUGCUUGGGGCACUGACACUCUGCUUUCUCUCCUCUGUGAUAUUCAUUGGUCACCCAAAUUCUGCAAGCUGUCUGCUCCGUCAAGUUGUGUUUGGUAUUGUUUUUUCCAUUUGUGUUUCUACUGUACUAGCAAAAACAGCUGUUGUUAUUGUGGCUUUCAGGGCCACUAAACCAGGAAGCAAACUGAAAAAGUGGUUGGGACCUCAGCUUCCAUUUUCCAUUAUAUUCUGCUGUUCUUUCCUCCAGCUAUCUAUAUGUACAGCAUGGCUAAUUACAGCCCCUCCUUUCCCAGAACUGAAUAUAGAAUUGGAAAGUGGCAAAAUACUAAUUCUGUGUAAUGAAGCCUCUAUGACAGCAUUUUGGUGCAUGCUGGGAUAUCUGGGCUUUCUAGCAAGUGUAAGCUUUCUAGUGGCUUUCUUUGCUAGAAAUCUACCAGACACCUUUAAUGAGGCAAAAUAUAUCACAUUCAGCAUGCUUAUUUUUGUCACUGUUUGGUUGUCUUUCAUCCCUGCAUAUUUGAGCGCAAGAGGAACAUAUAUGGUGGCAGUAGAAAUAUUUGCCAUAUUGUCAUCUAGUGCUGGAAUGCUUGUGUGUAUAUUUUCUCCAAAAUGUUACAUCAUUGUGUUGAGACCAGAAAGAAUCAGCAGAGUGAAGAUAUUGCAUAAACAGCACAAUGACAGGGCUCACAGAGGUCAGCCAGCUCUGAUCCAUGUAUAA